CGUGUUUACUCGCUGAGUCUCCCCCCUCCGUGCCGUAUCGAUUGCUGUGGCACCUUUCGCAUCGCGGAGAAAUCACUGUGCGUGAGUGGAGACAGUGCACGGGCGUGUGCUCUGAGUGGAUGCGUGCAGAAGAGGCCACCGUGUGUGAUUGCUGCCAGUCCGGACGGAGAGUGUGACAUAACCUCAAACGCGCCGCAAAGUCCCGUUUUCGCUCCGCUUCCGGACAGUCUGAGAGCGCCCAGCCGCCUGGUGUUGCCAUCAGGGCGUCACGAACUGAGCAUCCUGUCACCCCUGGGAGACAAAUAGUUGACCUCAUUUGCUCCAGCAGUUCACCAUCGACUUGCACGGAGAACAGUCUCCCUUUCGGACGCGCGGGACAAUGAUUUACCUCAUCACAGACAUGUAUGACUGGUAUAGGGAUCUCAUGGAUAGCAAAAGUGAUCCACGAGUGCAAGACUGGCCAUUGAUGGGAUCCCCAAUACCUACCAUGGCGAUAUGCUUAUUUUAUGCAUAUUUCAGCAAAGUGCUGGGACCACGAAUUAUGGCCAAUCGUAAACCAAUGAAUCUUAGAUAUAUUCUAGUUGUGUACAAUUUUAUUCAGACAAUAUUUAGUGCAUGGAUCUUCUAUGAGUAUUUGCAAAGUGGAUGGUGGGGUCAUUAUAGUUUUAAGUGCCAACCAGUGGAUUAUACUCGCAGCCCAAUGGCGAUGAGGAUGGCAAACACGUGUUGGUGGUAUUACAUAGCGAAAUUUACAGAAUUCUUCGAUACACUCUUCUUCAUUCUGAGAGGGAAGAUGGAACACGUCUCAACGCUUCACGUCAUUCAUCAUGGUUGCAUGCCCUUCUCCGUGUGGAUGGGAAUGAAAUUUGCACCAGGUGGCCAUAGCACAUUCUUUGCAAUGCUUAACUCAUUUGUGCAUAUUGUCAUGUAUUUCUACUACAUGGUGGCGGCGAUGGGUCCAAAAUACCAGAAGUACAUUUGGUGGAAGAAGUAUCUCACCACAUUCCAAAUGGUCCAAUUUGUGGCAAUCUUCAUCCACCAGUUCCAGUUGCUGUUCAGAGAUUGCAACUAUCCAAAAGGAUUCAUGGUGUGGAUCGGACUGCACGGUGUCAUGUUCUUGUUCCUCUUCUCUGACUUCUACAAAGCCAAGUACAGCAACCGAUCGUCGAGGAGGAGGAAGGUGGCGGCCAGUGACUCUGCUGAUCAUGCCACGACGAAUGGCAAAGUGGCGAAUGGCAGUGGUGGCAAUCAGGGUGCAUGUAUGCCCGUCUUGAAUGACGAGGAAGAAGCAUUGCUGGCCAAGAGCACGAUGAAUGGCCUCCACCAUCGCAACGGCUACACCAACGGUGGAGUUACCAAUGGACACACGGGCGACCAGAAUCACAACGGCCUCGUGAAUGGGGAUGUGAAGAAGGUGAAAUAUGUUUCGGUAUUCACCAAUUUUUUUCAAUACCACGCUUCAGCCACUGAAACCAAAAUGGCCUUAAUUAUGAAAUAUAUAGACAGUAUGCAGCGAUAUAUGGACUCCUAUGGAGAUUCACGGACAAAAGAUUGGCCGAUGAUGUCAUCACCAUUCCCAACAUUAGCCGUCUGCCUAUGUUAUGUAUACAUUGUCAAGGUUUUGGGGCCACGACUUAUGGAGAAUCGGAAACCAUUCCAGUUACAAAACACCCUGAUAGUUUAUAAUUUUUUGCAAGUAAUUUUUAGCACAUGGCUGUUUUACGAGAUCAGUAUAUCCGGUUGGCUAACGGGACAUUAUAACUUCCGCUGUCAGCCAGUUGAUUAUAGUAACCACCCUAGAACACUGAGGAUGGUGCACGCGUGCUGGUGGUACUAUUUCUCCAAGUUCACAGAGUUUCUGGACACGAUUUUCUUCGUACUGCGUAAGAAAACUAGCCAGGUGUCAACACUACACGUGAUCCAUCACGGUUGUAUGCCAAUGUCAGUUUGGUUUGGAGUCAAAUUCACACCAGGUGGUCACAGCACAUUCUUCGGCUUGCUGAAUACGUUCGUUCACAUUGUGAUGUACACUUACUAUCUCUUCGCUGCAAUGGGGCCACAAUAUCAGAAGUAUCUCUGGUGGAAGAAGUAUUUGACGACACUGCAAAUGGUGCAGUUUGUGGCGAUUAUGGUGCACGCAUUUCAGCUUUUGUUCAUCGAUUGCAACUACCCGAGGGCAUUUGUGUGGUGGAUUGGCAUGCACGCUGUCAUGUUCUUCUUCCUCUUCAAUGAAUUCUACAGGUCAACCUACAAAGAGGCCAAAGAGAGGCGGAAACGGGAGGCCGAGGGCAACCGCAUUCUGAAUGCCACCGAGAAGGUCCUCGGCAUCUGCACAAAUGGAACGCUGAGCUCGAGGAGUGAGUACACGAACGGGUCGGCGAAGCACGAUGAGCAGGAGGAGCAUUUGGGCAAUGGCACUGCCAAGACGGCAAGUAAAGCUGCCGAUUACUAUGUCCGAGGCGAAGUGCCGGCUGACAUAACGCAGAGGAAAAUUAUUCAGAAAUAAUAUUUAAUGUAAAUUGAAUAAUUUUAUCGUAAAUGUGUAAUAGUAGCGCUUAGAUGUUAAUGAAGGCAAAAAAAAACAGCAGAAAAAACAGAGGGAGAAAAACCAACUAAUAUUUAGGAAUCAGUAGAGAAUAAGCAUUAAGUAAAAAUUGUAAGUGUUAAGCAAUAUUUAAAGAAAUUGUGAAGUUGAACCUCUCAAUGAUUUAUUUGAACUUAUCAUUUAUCAUAUGGAUUUUAUCCGCCAGGUUGAGAAUGAACCACUGAGAGAUGAUUGUGAGUUUAAAAAGGCAACAUUGUGGAAGGGGGAUUCUUUUACAGCAUGCAGAAAUUACUUACAUUUUGUUAGUUGGGGUCAGAGAAAGAGAGAGGGAGAGAGGAAGAGAAGAAAGCAGAAUAAUUUUGUCUAAUCGAAUAACACAUUUUUACAUCCGCCCUUUCGUCCUGCCAGAAGGAGAAAGUGGAUGGAAGAGAAGCAUAAAAUAUCCACACUGUUUCGCAAAUUUGGCUGUGAAAAACAUCUUCGAGAGAAAGAAAAUUAAUUCAAUCCCAGAAACAUUACACAUUGUAUUUAUAUUAAUUAUGUAAUUAAAACACACGAAAAAAAUGGUGGGGAAUUGAUUGGAGAUGCAAUUGCGCCGCGGAGACUUUCUUGGAUGCAGAAAAAAAACGAGCCAUUUUCCACCAGAAAAACCAGAAGAUGAUUUUGAGGCGUGGAGAUUUUUUCUACAGUCAAUCAAAUGUGCACCGAAAAAUUCAUAUAAAGACCAUUAAUUAAUAUUUCCAUUCUGUUGAAACUAUGAUUUUGAGAUCACUUCAUUGGUGCUGAAAUUUUGCUUUUCCAAAAUUUUAUCAAUGAUGAGUACAAAAAAAAGUGUUGUAACUAAACUUGUUUAAAAAAAAAUGAAAAGUAAGCUUCCAUUGAUAAGAACCCUUUGGACGAAUAAAGUAAAAGAGGAAAAAAAAUGGCAUAUCAAAAGUACUUUUUUGGUGACGGAAUUUAUCGGGCAUAAGUGAAAAAAUUUGCAAAAUAAUUGAGAAAACAAUUGAAUUAUUUAUAAAGAAAAAAAAAUUAGACGAUAAUGAUGCUGAUGAGAAGAAGCAACUAAUGAACUAAAAAAAAAACAUUUUGCAAUAAUUUUUCUUAGUUUAGUGUGCCGAAGAGGAAAAUAAAAGUAAAAAUUUAUGUGGAAAAUUAUAAGGAAAAGAGAAGAACAAGU